AUGGCGCAAUUCUUACGAGGCAAGCAGGCUGGAAUUCAGAAAGAUCUCUCAGAGGGCUUGUCCCCAGAGCUUUUCGCUCUUGACGACUUUGAGCGAUGUGGUCUGAAUUCUCAGAUUAGCGUGGUCGCAUACGAUCCAGUUCAGUCCCUCCUCGCCGUCGGAACCAGCGAUACCCAGUUCGGGAGCGGUCAGAUCUAUGUCUUCGGUCAACGGCGCGUGUUGAUGGUCUUUAAGUUGCCGCGCAAGGCCUCGGCCAAGUUCCUCCAAUUUUGUGCAGACAAACUCGUCAGCAUAGACUCCAAGAAUGAGAUCAGCAUUUAUGGGUUGGAAUCGCGCCGCCUGGUGACCUCUUAUGCACCACCGGGUCAAGCUACUUGUCUUGCGACAGAUCCAAGUCUGGACUAUGCCUUUAUUGGAUUAUCAAGUGGCGAUGUGAUUGCGUAUGAUCUCGACCGAGAGUCCCUCACCCCUUUCAAAAUCCCCAACCUAUGGCUUGCUCAAAACCCGCGCUCUCGACUGUGUCCCGUGGUAUCCCUUGCUUUUUCUACCAGAGAUAUUGGAAAGAUCUUAGUUGGUUAUCCCGAAGGAGCGGUAACUUUCACCUUCAAGCAAAAUAUUGCACAGAAAUACUUCAUCUAUGAGAUCCCUCCAGGGGCUCCAGGUGGCGAUCCAGCAAUGGCUUCGAGCGGCCCACGCAGACCCAGACUGAUUGACACUAUCUGGCAUCCGAAUGGAAUUUUCGUAUUGACUGUACAUGAAGACAGUAGUCUUGUUCUUUGGGACUCCAAGGAAGGCCGCAAGCUUCAUGCUAGAACGCUCCAAGCUACUAAUAUUGAUCAACCGGGCGGCGGUCGAACAGAUGCAAGCGAAGCAAGUGGACCCAUCGAGCCCAUUACCAAAGUCACCUGGUGCGCCAAAGAAAACCCGGAUGAUACAGGUCUCCUCAUAGCUGGUGGAAAGCCCGUUCAGGAUGUCAAUAAGGGCCUCACAUUUCUCGACAUGGGUCCUACACCUAAUUACCAGACCUCUUCCUGGCAAAUUCUUAGCGGCUAUCUAGAGAGGCCAAGGCGCCAGAUAAAUAUCCCAAUCCCACCAGGUGCUGUUGCAAGCACCUACUGUUUGAUUCCGCGCACCACUCCAUACUUUGCUGGGGCUCAUGACCCCAUUGCUAUUCUUGCUGUCCUUUCUUCAGGCGAGUUGCUCACUAUGAGCUUCCCAAGUGGUCAUGCCAUCACACCGACAAAUAUGCUUCAUCCAUAUCUGACCUUCGUCCACCCAUUUGUGAACAAGGCGACUGUAACACCGGUUUCUCGCGACCAAGAAACCCCCCUCAAGCGAUAUGAGGAUCGGAAUAUUAUUACCACUGCACACGCGGAUGGUACUAUUCGUAUCUGGGAUGGAGGAAAUGAUGACGAGAUUGAGAAUGGUGACACAGUUCAAGUGGAUUUGGCUCGAGCUGUAGGCCGAGUCCGCAACGUUGAAGUCAGCCAGUUGUCAAUGGCGAGCGGGACAGGUGAAAUAUCAGUUGGUUUGACAAGCGGCGAGGUUGUUGUCUUCCGCUGGGGUAAUAACGCUGCGUACGGCCAAGAGGAAGCACCGGGGGCCAAUCAAGGUCCCGGGCGCUUGACUCCAAUCACCAACCGGACAGAUCCUGGCCUGAAGACGGGAAUGCUUCCAUUGACGCUAUUGAAUAUGCAGCAAGGAAGUGUUACGGCGUUGAAGCACAGCCCAGUUGGCUUUGUCGCUGCUGGAUUUGAGCAGGGAGGAUUGUCUAUCAUUGAUUUGCGUGGCCCGGCUCUCAUCCAUACAGCACAUCUCUCAGAUUUCCUCAAAGCUCCAAAGAGGAGCAGCUUCCGAAAGCCCAGUCGCUCAGACAGCACACCAGCUGAAUGGCCUACUUACAUUGAAUUUGGCGUGAUGACCUUGGAGGGCGAAGACUAUUCUAGCAUUUGUUGCUUCGUUGGUACCAACAGAGGAAAUGUGGCGACAUUUAAGAUUCUUCCAGCGGCCAAUGGAACAUACACUGCGGCGUAUGCCGGACUUUCCAAUGUCGAAGACAAAGUUAUUAAAAUAAUUCCCAUUGAUACAGACUCUGGUGACCAGGCCCUCGCCACACCCAAUGCUGUCGCUGGCUUGAGAAGCGGAACCAAGAUCAAUGGUGUUGUGAUUGCAGUCACAGUCUCAGGAUGCCGCAUAUUCAAGCCGCCAACUGCCAAGGGCGCCCACAAAUCGUGGGAUGAUUACCUUUGUGAUUCGGCUCAAGUUGUGAAGUCCGAAGGACGAGGCUAUAGCGUGGUUGGACUAUUCGGCGAUGGAAAUGCUCGCGCAUUUUCUAUUCCUGCGCUCAGAGAAAUCGGUUGCACCAAGAUUAGCCAGAUCGCUGACAUUCGACGUCUGCCAGAGGCAUGCAUCACACCCACUGGUGGUGUGAUGGCCUGGGCUGGCCCUUCACAAAUUGCUAUGUUCAACGUGUGGGGUCGAGGAACUAGUUUGGCCCCCUCCCAGGACCGUCUCUACGACCCUGCAAAAUUGCUGCCCGCUCGUCCUACGAUCACCAAUAUGCAAUGGAUCUCCGGCACACAAUAUAUCUCACCAGCCGAUAUGGACAUCCUAAUCGGAGGCGUUGACCGUCCACCUUCCAAGCGCAUGGUCGAGCAAAUGAAGCUAGAAGAAGAAGAGCAGCGCAAAGCCCUCCGCGAAGGCCGUGCAGCGCCACAAGCACAGGGUAGUCAAGAGGGCUGGGGAGCAUACAUGUCACGCCAAGUCCAAGAACGCACGGAGCGUCUUGGGUUGGUAGGCGACACAAUGGAUCGACUUGAGGAAAAUAGCAGUAACUUUGCCUCGGAUGUGGGCAAGUAUGUGAAUAGCCAAAAGAAGAAGGCUAUCUUUGGCGGUAAGUGA